AUGGGCCCUGUAGCCCAUAUGAACAAUGGCCCUACAGUCCACGGGGCCAUGGGCCCUGUAGUUCACAUGAACAAUGGCCCUGCAGCCCACGGGGACAUGGGCCCGGUAGCCCAUAUGAACAUUGCCCCUGUAGCCCACGGGGGCAUGGGCCCUGUAGCCCACAUGAACAUUGCCCCUGUAGCCCACGGGGGCAUGGGCCCUGUAACCCACAUGAACAUUGCCCCUGUAGCCCACGGGGGCAUGGGCCCUGUAGCCCACAUGAACAUUGCCCCUGUAGCCCACGGGGGCAUGGGCCCUGUAGCCCACAUGAACAUUGCCCCUGUAGCCCACGGGGGCAUGGGCCCUGUAGCCCACAUGAACAUUGCCCCUGUAGCCCACGGGGGCAUGGGCCCUGUAGCCCACAUGAACAUUGGCCCUACAGCCCACGGGGACAUGGGCCCUGUAGCCCACAUGAACAUUGGCCCUACAGCUCACGGGGACAUGGGCCCUGUAGCCCACAUGAACAUUGGCCCUACAGCCCACGGGGACAUGAGCCCUGUAGCCCACAUGAACAUUGGCCCUACAGCCCACGGGGACAUGGGCUCUGUAGCCCACAUGAACAUUGGCCCUGCAGCCCACGGGGACAUGGGCCCGGGAGCUCACUUGGACUUGGGCCCUUUAGCUCACCGUGACCCAAGUCCGGAGCCCAAGGAGGCAUUGGGCCCUGUAGUUCCCGGGACGCGGGGUCAAGAAGUGCACACAUGA